AUGGGACAAGAAUCGUCUUCACACUUAGAACUGGAACAUUUGAUCGGCUACUCAUUCAGAAGCAGGGGAUUUCUAGAUAAGGUCAGUUCUCGUGAUGUCCUGGACGGCAAACGUUACGAACUUUUGGGGGACGCCUUAAUAAAAUUUACCCUAAUGGACCAUCUUUCUCGAAAAUAUCCAGACUGGAAUGAUUUCAAAAUUUCAAACAAGUUGGACCUUCUCCUUAAUCGAGACCGGAGUAAAGAAAUCGUUGAUAAUUUUCAUCUCAAAAAAUUCGUCAAUAUGGAAAAAUCCGAUAAACUAAUCCUUGAUUCCUUGAUUGGUGUCAUCUAUGUCGACGGGGGCGGUGAGGGGGGCGCUGGAUGCAAAGCGGUUAAAAAGGUCAUCUACAAACUGUGGCAAUUAGGAGAUGGUGCACCGGAAACAAAAAAAUAUUGGAAUCGUUCACUUUUCCAUGCUGUCAAAAUUAAUCGAGAAUGUUUCUAA